UUGCCCGGGGUUCAUAUUCCAGCAAUUCCUUCUUUACAGUUUACACUGAGCUCUAUGACGGCCGUCGGCGACCGGAAAAUACUAUCCACCGGAGAAAUCCUCCAAGUCGCCAAAGCGAGGUUCCUCCAGCUCUCAUUCCAGCACCGCAUCGACCUCUCCAAGCUCAAACACUUCUUCGACGCCUCCCACUUCAACCUCUCCGCCGAUGAGAUCAAAGACGUCGAGCUCGUCCUCCUCCUCUUCGCCUCCGCCCACAAAUUCGCCUCCCAACAAAUCGACCAAUCCAUCAAAUUCCUCAGCUGGUGCCGAUUCCUAUCGUCCCCGUCCGGCUCUCCGGCCCAGCGACUCGUCUACUUCUUCACCAAAUCCCUGCAGGAGAGAAUCGACCGCGAAAUCGGAGCCACCAAGGAAGAAGAACAGGGGCAAUCGGAUCAGAGCCAAACGACGCCGCCCUGUGCCAAUCCCGCUUUGAUCGCUUGCUCCUUGAAACUCCCCUACAUUCAGGUUACUCAAUUUGCUGGAAUCCAGACCGUGAUCGAGAGCGUAGCUUCGGCGAGGAAAGUACACUUCAUCGAUCUCGCGAUUCGGAGCGGCGGACAAUGUACGGUCCUGAUGCAGGCCCUGGCGAACCGACAGGGAGCUCCGAUCGAGCUCCUGACGGUGACGGCGGUGGCGACGGCGGGGGAAUCGUGGCAGCAGCGUAUCCAGGAGACAGGGAAGCGACUGGCGAGCUUCGCGGAGGCUCUGAACAUUCCUUUCCGUUUCAAUUGCGUGAUGGUUGACGGGAUUAGGGAUUUGAAGGAAGAAAUGUUCGAGAUCGGCCGCGGCGAUACAGCCGUCGCCGUCUUCGCCUGGAACAUUCUGAAAAACUUUCGAGCUCAGGCGGAAGGUUUGGAUUCUCUGUGCGGAGUCCUCCGAAAUCUGAAUCCCUGCGCGAUCGUGGUCGCGGAGUUCGAGGCGAACCACGACGCGACGGAAUUCGUCGAGCGAUUCGACGGCGCGAUCGCUCUGUACGGCGCGCUGUUCGAUUGUCUGGAUGAUUGCUUCGAUCGAUCGGACGGCGACCGGGGGAUCGUGGAGUCGGCGGUCGGGAUCGAGAUUCGGGACGCGGUGGCGGUGGAGGGCGAGGAGGAGCGGGUUUACCGGCCAAUGAGGAUCGAGGAAUGGCGGGAUUAUUUCUCCAGAGUUGGGAUGAUGGAGCUGGAGAUCAGCUCGUCGUCUUUCUAUCAGGCGGCGCUGCUGGUCAGGAAUUUCGCGUCCGGGGAAUCGUGUACGGUGGAUAGGGACGGCAAGUGUUUGGUCACUGGCUGGAAAGGGACUCCUCUCCUGUCCGUAUCGGCCUGGAAGUUCUAUCGGCCGGUUAAGAGAAGGUUAAAUUCUAAAAGGUUCGUGUAA